AUGGGCUGCGUAUCCACCCACCUUGUGGGGGGCCUCGACACGUCCGACUUGGAUGCUGCUCUGCAAGACGACGAAUUCGUGAGGAAACUCAUUUUAUCUUCGCGGUUGCUAUCGGAGAAGUCGCGGCAGAACCUGUCACUCUUGGUGCAGUCAGCACAAGGUCGACCACAGGAAAGCUCAGACCUAAAUCUGUGUCCCCUGUUGAAACGCAACGACCUGAAGAGGUUUCUGACGCUCACGGAAGCUGAUAUCUCCCUUCAUAAAAGCCUUGUACCAGACUAUCAACGCUGGAGUAUAAACCCGGCGACCUUCUUUGAGUCCCUUGAUAUGAGGAGGGACGGUGGGCUGGUAGCAUACUUGGCUAGGCAACGUCGCAAUGCCUCCCUAUUGGAAUCAGGACUUCCUAUUGAUCGCGUCAGGUUGAGGAUUUAUAUGCUGUUCUACGCCGAAACCCACGGAUUCUACCGCAACCGUGAUAUGCUCGAAGAGAUAACAUACAGCAAGGAGUAUGGUGGCCAGAAGUAUAGGCGCUUGGCAUCUAUAUUGGGAAAAGGGUGCAUAUUUCUGCUCCCUCCUGCCAUUCCCGACUCUGUGUGGGAGACUCGGCUGCCACUGAAGGGCGGAUAUCUCGAACAAGCAGCUGCGCUGUUGAAACGAUUCAACAUCGUGGAGAAAGCAGCCCAGAUUGACGCAGAUAGAAGCGGCGACAUCGCUGGAUUGAGAGAGCUUUGGCGGUUGGGUCUAGCUUCUAUCGAUGUAAUGGAUCCAUAUGGUCUCGGUUUGCUCUAUUAUGCUGCAUAUUAUUGUUGGCGGAGCUGUGGUACAGUAACUGCUAUGGCGACAUGCAAAGCACUUUUGGAGGCUGGUGCCAAUUAUGAAUGGGUAGAUGAGAUAGGAAAUACUCCCAUGGAGACAAUGAUCGACGCAUUGUUGGCAGAGUCAGCAAUGCGUGGUCAACAUUUCUACUCUGCUCUUAGAGAGGUCGGACAAUUAUUCGGAAAGGCUUUUGUCGAUCUUUGGAGAGAGUACAGAGACACACGAGGCUUUACGGAACUGCAUGAGGUAUUACUCGGGAUCAAUUACGACCGUGGAAAUCUGGACGACUAUCUUAACUAUGCAGCUGCUGAGGGGACAAUUUUAGACCUGCUUGAUGCUACAGACUCUUUCGGCAGAAGUGCACUCUCUUGGGCUAUCGAACACGGCUGGACGGAUGCAGCAGCAACUCUGAUCAGGUUCGGCGCCAAUGUCAACCAACGGAUGCGGUCUGGAUUACCUAUGUUACAUCUCGCGCUAGCUGGGCCGGCCUCCGGACAACUGGAUACGGCAUUCUUGGACAUUGUCAAGGUGCUGCUUUUGGCAGGGGCUGAUGCCAACGCCAUUGAUCAUGAGGGUUGGACGCCGUUACAUGUAGCUGCAUCCUGGAAUUCCUAUGCUGCCGUUAGCACUCUUAUAGAGCACGCCGGCCAGGACUUGAAUUGGAACGCAGCCACUAGUGAUGGCAAAUCUGCUGCUCAGCUAGCUGCCGAUAGCGGAGGAGAUGCGGCAUUCAUCGAGCUUCUAGCUAGUCACGAGCAACAUGGCCCGUACGGGAGCGUCAUGGCAAUCUCUACUUUCUUUUAG